AUGGUCCGCUUAACCAAGUAUGCCGGUGCCGGUAUCCUACUGGCCACCGCUGUGAGCGCCACAUACGAUACCUACCCGACUGGCGGUGACAGCGAGGAGUACCCUACCGAGACCGCGACGGCAACCUACAGCGGUGUUCCUUCGGGAUACUCUACUAGCAGCUUCCCGGUUCCCACACCGACUGACUACCCCGGUGAUGAUGAGUGCCCUCCUGAGGACGACGACGAUGAGGACGAGGGUGACGAUGAUGAAUGCCCUCCUGAAGAGUCUGGCUACCCUACCGGCAGCUACUCUGUGACCGCCACUUACAGCUCCGGUCCUUCUGGGUAUCCUACUGGCAGCUACCCCGUCCCUACGCCCACCGGUUACCCCGGAGGCGAUGACGGAGACGACGAUGAGUGCCCUCCCGAAGAUGGUGACGACGACGACGAGGGUGAUGACGAUGAGUGCCCUCCUGAGGAGACCGGCUACCCUACUGAGAGCUACCCCGUAGUUACUCCCACUGGUACCUACAGCUCUGGUCCUUCGGGCUACCCCACCAGCAGCUACCCCGUCCCUACCACCACUGGUUACCCAGGUGGCGACGACGGUGAUGAUGAUGAAUGCCCUCCUGAGGACGGAGAUGAUGGAGAUGACGGAGACGACGACGAGUGCCCUCCUGAGGAUGGUGACGGCGAUGACUACCCUACCGGUAGCUACCCUGUCGUUACCCCUACUCCCACCGGUACCUACAGCUCCGGUCCUUCUCCUACUGGCAGCUACCCCGUUGUCACUUCUACCGGCUACCCCGGUGGUGACGAUGGUGAUGAUGAUGAGUGCCCCCCUGAGGACGGAGAUGAUGGAGAUGACGGAGACGACGACGAGUGCCCCCCUGAGGACGGUGACGGUGAUGACUACCCCACCGGUAGCUACCCCGUUGUCACUCCCACCGGCUACCCUACUGGCGGCGACUCUUACCCUACCGGCGGUGAUAGCUACCCAACUGGUGGUGACUCCUACCCUACCGGAAGCGACUCCUCAUCCGUCGCUUACCCUACCUCCUCGGGCUACCCUACCGGAGGUGACUCCUACCCAACUGGCGGCGACAGCUACCCUACUGGCUCUGCUUCAUACCCCGGUGAAAGCAGCAGCUCUGCCGGCCCUACUGGUGGCGAUUCUUACCCUACCGGCGGUGAUUCUUAUCCCACUGGCGGUGAUAGCUACCCUACCUCCUCCGCCUCUCCCACCGGUGGUGAUUCCUACCCUACCGGAGGUGACAGCUACCCUACCUCAUCUGCUUACCCAACCGGUGGUGACUCUUACCCCGGUGAGAGCAGCAGCUCUGCUGGCCCUACUGGCGGUGAUUCAUACCCUACCGGUGGCGAUAGCUACCCUACUGGUGGUGACAGCUAUCCUACUAGCAGCUACCCCGGUGGCUACACCAGCGCCAUCCCUACUCUCUCUACCUCUUACUCCGUCUCUCCUAUCCCCGUCACCACCCCCAGCGGCUACCCUACCGCCUCCGAGUCCAGCCCCGCUGCCACCAGCACCAUCGCCACGGCCGGUGCUUCGGUCCUUCGCGCGGGUGCCACUGGCGCCGUCGUUGCUGCUGCCGCGUUCUUCCUUGGUUUCUUUUAA